CCCAACGUCAGCGAGAACUGUAUCGACGAAAUCCAAGGAUUGAUGCUAGUAAUGUUGGUAUCAUGUGUUACCUACGGGAAAAUAAAAAGUAAACAAAUUGUCCGUCUUGAGAAAGGCAAGGUUAAAAUGGCCGUAUCGUCAAAAGCUCCUGGUUUCUCCAUUGCAUUGCGAAAAUGGGCAUAUAAUCUCUCAGGCUUCAAUAAGUAUGGCCUUCACCAUGAUGACUGUUAUGAUGAGGCUGAUCCAGAUGUAAAGGAAGCCCUGAGACGGCUGCCAGAACAUUUAGUAGAUGAACGCAAUUUUCGGAUUAUUCGAGCCAUGCAGUUGUCACUGCAGAAGAUCAUAUUGCCCAAAGAAGAAUGGGUAAAAUUUGAGGAAGACAACAAAUACUUACAGCCGUACAUUGAAGAAGCAGCCAGGGAGCGACAAGAAAAAGAAGAAUGGAAUAAGAAAUAUUAGUAAAAUCAGUGUAUAGUUAACAUCAUUCUGUAUAGAGAUUCUUUAAAAUUUGUACAAAAUUGUUUAGCAUUAAGAACAAUGGUGAUGUAUCUGUCCAUAAAAAUAAAUUAUUGUUCCUAACUGUGA